AUGAUUAAUAUGACACAAGUAUUCACACCUAUAGAAGAUGCGCUUGCCGCUUUUAAAAAGGGGGAGUUUCUCGUUGUAAUGGAUGACGAAGAUCGAGAGAAUGAAGGAGACUUGAUCAUGGCUGCUGAACUAAUAACCCAGGAGCAAAUGGCAUUUUUGGUUCGUCAUUCAUCGGGGUACAUUUGCGCCCCAUUAUCGACUGAAAGAGCCGACAAGUUGGAAUUACGUCCAAUGAUUGAACAUCAGACUGAUAGACACGGGACUGCGUACACCGUUACUUGUGAUUAUGCUGAUGGUACUACCACGGGUAUCUCGGCUCAUGAUCGUGCACUUACUGUUAGAUCACUUGCCAAUAAGAACUCGAAGCCCGAUGACUUUAUAAAACCGGGCCAUGUUGUUCCGUUGAGAGCAGUUCCUGGAUUGUUAAACAAAAGAAGAGGCCAUACCGAAGCUGCUGUUCAAUUGUGCGAAUUGACUGGUUUGCAACCAGCUGCAGUAAUUUGUGAGUUGGUGAGAGAUGAAGAUGGGUUGAUGAUGAGACUUGAUGAUUGUGUCAAGUUCAGUCAAGAACAUAAUGUUAAAAUCAUCAAUAUUAAACAAUUGGUUGAUUAUAUCAAUCAAUAA